AUGGCUCUGAUUAUUCUUCUCAUCUUGACAGAAGAUGAUGGCUUCAAUCGCUCUAUUCACGAAGUGAUACUGAAGAACAUCUCCUGGUACUCUGAACGUGUACUUACUGAGAUCUCUCUGGGCAGUCUACUCAUCUUAGUAGUGAUCCGAACCAUUCAGUACAACAUGACCCGCACCAGGGACAAGUACCUUCACACCAACUGCUUGGCAGCGCUGGCCAACAUGUCUGCUCAAUUCCGCUCCCUCCACCAGUAUGCUGCGCAGAGGAUCAUCAGGUAACUGAAAGCACCAGAGAAUCAUUUUAAGUGGGGUAUAAAC